UUGAGGUGGGCUUAAAUGCAGGUAGAAGCAGAAUGAUCAUAUUCAGUCAUAUUAAAAUGUAAGUAAAUCAAAUGAAACACAUGAAAGUAAUGUUGCAAGUUCUUUCAUGUGAGUUGUUUUAUCUUUAAUGCUAUCUAUAAAAACUUCAUCUUUUUAUCCAGCACCAUAAACCCUACAAACACUAGGUUUCAAAUAGAAGCAGCGCCGGCAGGGGGCGGUGACGUACACUUUACCUAUAUUUGAUGGUAAAAUGUAGUAUAGAAAAAAAAUGACAUGAUUUCCACUCGUUUUUGAUAAGCUAUAAUAGCCACUGUGAACAUAACAAAUAUACAGCAAAAACAAAUCACACUUAGAAAGAGAAUAGAUGCAUUUUUACCUUUGGUGGGUUUUGGUGGGAUAAUACCUUCAAAUUUUAGAAGCUUAUGAACAAGCAUCAUGGAUGCACUGUUUACACUUUAUUAGCUUUAAUUCCAGUUAUAUAGCAGCUGUGGGGUAUUUUUAAACUAGCUGAUCCUUCAGCAUGAGUAUUUGUUAGUGUUUGUUUUAGUUGACAUUAAAAAAAUUACUAUUAUUAUUUUUUUUUACCAAUAAUCAUAUAGCAGCAUUUUUAAACUCAGUUGUCACUCAAAAUAGAUAAUUCGUGUAUCAACUGAAAGAUAUAGGUAACUUUACGGAGAUUAACAUUUGUUAAAGGGCUGAUAGACUGAACAUAGUGCUAGAAAUUGCAUCGUUGUUCAUCUAUAGUAAGGAUUUUAUCCUGGUCAAGGUCAUAGUGGAUCCAGAGUGUUUCCCAGGAACUCUGGGAUAUUCCAUCCUCUCUGCCUGAUAAAUAAAUUUCAGAUGAAAUAUAGAAUUCACCCAAAGUCACUUUCAGGCACUGUGUCUGUCUACUUCGUAAGACCAAAGGGUGCAGUUCCAAUUAUGGAAUAAAAUAGAGCACACACACAUACACACACACACACACACACACACACACACACACACACACACACACUCUGGUAUGGCUUUAUGGAUGAUGCAAAAAUAGCCUCUCUUUUAGACUCAAUGGGGAUGCCACUGUCUAGUCCAUCUGCUCUUGUCAGUCACAUUUCAAAACAAGAUGGCAGACAGAGGGAACUGGGUUUUAACACUCUCAGUAUGUACAACUUUCUUGCUGGUGGUCCAAGCGGACAUCUUAGUGCACGCCCCAGUGGGCCAACUGUUUGUGUAUGAACUAGAGAGAGAAAUCUACCAGAAUGAGUUUGAACCCUUCCACCACUAUGGACGUAUGCAUAAUGACCCCUUGAUGUUCAAGUGCAACAAGCAGCAGUUUCCAGACCUGCCCCACUGGCUGCGCUUCACACAACGUCAUCUGUACGACAAAGGCUUCCUAUACGGCACACCGCUGCCCCAGGACCUGGGCAAGAACAUCAUAGAGAUUUAUGUGACAAAUAAACGAAGUUAUGAUACUGUAAAGGACCGUCUUAUUAUAAAUGUCGGGCCUGCAGUUAAACGGAUGCCUUACCAGGCUGAAUUCUUCAUCGGUCUGAGAGAGAUUGAGAAGGUCUUACCGCAUGACAUUAAGGAAGAGAUAAAGCAGGACAUCCAGAUGAUCUGGGGAACAGAUCGGCUCGAAUAUGUGAACAUCACCUCUGCUCUGGACCGUGGUGGACGUGUCCCUCUGCCUCUGCCAGGACACUAUGAGGGUGUAUAUGUGAAGCUGGGGUCAGAUCAACCCUAUUCCACAUGUCUGCUGAGGCUGCAGACAGCAGAUCAUCGGCGAGAGUGUGAGGCUGGAGGGAAGAUCAGCGGAGAUUGCAGUUCUUGCAGUAUCCCUGCUAACUGUGUGACCUGGUGUAAGUCAGCUCUGAUUAAUUCCUCCAUGCCUGCUCCUCCUCCGGCACCGACCGUAGGUUCAGGAAUUCUGGCCUGGGGUGGAGAGUUUAUCCCACCUGCUUCUCCACCUGAGAGAGACUUUAUCCCUGACUACAUUGUUACAGUUAUUGUGCCCUUCGUUCUUGCCAUCCUCCUCUGCCUCCUUCUAGCUUACGUGAUGUGCUGCAGGAGAGAAGGAGUUCAGAAACGGGAUGCCAUGACUCCAGAGCUCCAGCUUUAUCAUCACCACACCAUCCAUGAUAACAGCAGUGAGCUGAGGACCAUGGCAGGAAGCCGCAGUAGUGUGCCACAGCCCCUGUCUACAUUGCCUAUGUUCAACACCCGAACCGGGGAUAGGGCACCUCCGGAGUAUCCCUCAGACAGCGUCCAUAUCCCACUAAUCAUGGCCCAGCAGGAGCCUAAUGUUGACACACUGCCCAGGAAAUGAAAAUCUGGCUCUUGGGAACUGAAUGAAGGAUCACAAUUUGCUGGAGUUUUUUUUUUCUGCUUGCUCUGAUUUUAUUCCUCUGCCAUUAUAGAAAAGUUGCAAUACCAUGUGGAUUUAAGUGCACCAAGUGCCUCUUUUAAAAGUUUCUAUUUCUAAUAUUUGAAAUCUAUAUGUAUAUAUAUAUAUAUAUAUAUAUAUAUAUAUAUAUAUAUAUAUAUAUAUAUAUAUAUAUAUAUUUCUUAUAUUUAUAUAGGAAAAUAUAUGAAUAGAUACCUGUAGAAUGUGCCUUUUUUAUAAUUCCCAUGACAAAAACAUGUCCUACGUCCACCCAAAUGUGCAAAUAUAUCAGUCAGUCCAGUAAACCAAAUAUUAUUCAGCUAAAUGAAUCUAAGCAGUAAAGAUUAAGCUUAAUUUUCUAGGAAGGCGAUGGCAAGAAGAUGACAUGCCGAACAUUCCUUUGACCACUUUGAACAUGCUUUAUUUCAGCAUCCAAAAUAAUUAAAAACAUCUCGAAAUAUUAUACAUGUACAAAAUAAGUACAGAUCCUCUGUUUGGAACCAUUAAAGUGUCUGGUUGUGGUUUUCUUUCUGUGCCACCUUAUUUAACGAAAAAAAAAACAAAAAGAAGGAAAAAACGCAAUUGAAGUGGAAAAAGAAAAACAAUUGACAGUCGGGAGGCCAUGUGCAGACACAAAUAAAGAUUUUCCCAAAGAUUACGGGGAACCUGGGAAUCAAAUGUCCGGCAAUCGGUCCACUUACUUCAUUCACCUACAUUGAACAAUCGCAUUCAGCUUUUAUUUUUUCUUCAGCCAACAAUAUAAUGAGAGAAGAAAUUGCAUCAUAAUGACAACAAGAUGAAAUAGCACCAAACAGGUCCCAUAAAGCACAAGAGACAGAAAUAAUUAAAAAAAGAAAAUCAUUUUCUGUUCUUUGGGUCAAACACAUAUACACCACAGUUAGGACCUGGAGAUUAAAGUAGCACCGUUUCACAAAUGUUACUAGUGGUAUUAUUUUGUUUAUGCACUUUUUUUGGGUGGUUAUAACCUGCCUUAGUGUCCCCCAAACACCCAUAGGUAACAUGAUUUGGUUGUCCUGAGGUAGCCAUUACAAUUUUGAGCCUAGAGCCUGUGUGACACAGUGAUGGGACGCUGACAUCUUUUCCUCUUUGGCUGGAAGAACAAGACAUUGUCUUAAUUGUCAUUUUUCAGAUUUAUUCAACACCAGAAAAUGGUACAUUAGAACUUGUGUUUUUUUUCAUUGUCCUUCUGCAGUGGAAAAAAUAAAAAUAAAAAACGGCAAAAAAGUCAUUCUCAUGCCCUUAGGGUUGUUUGCUCAUUUGUGGAAUCUUUGGGGAAGUAGGAGGGGGGUGAUCUUACACUUUAGUUUAAGUACAGGUAUAUAUUAUUUUCUUGUUGCCAAAUGACUCACAAAAAAUCUCUCUAAGUGUCCAUGAUGUUGACGCUGAUUGGCAAUAGUGGUCCUCAAAAUUAUUUUCUUAAAAAAAAAGAAAA